AUGUCGCAGCUAUACGCGCAAGCUGAGGCCGAAUACAAUGCAUGGCCUGUGCAAAACCCACUGAUUCCUGUCCGUUUUCUGCCUGCUAUUGCAUCCGUGUCUCUGGGUGCUGCAUUCCUGCUGGCAUUCUUCUAUACCACUCUUCCAAACGCCAGCGGAUCGAUCAAAGCACCCGUUUUGAGCUUGCUUAGCAGUCUCUGUGCCGGUGUCGGCCUUGUUGCGCUCAUGAAUGCGGUGGGUGUGUAUGUGUAA